CUAUCUGAGCCUCCUUAGGCCUCAUCAUCAUGGCCGACAAUGCUGACGCCACCGUACGUGACAAGACACCUCCCCGUAACUCUGCCUUGUCUGCCGAUUCGGAGACUGGGCUCAAGUCCACCCCACUCGCAGUCGGUUCCGCUAUUGUCAGCGAACACAUCAGUACUGUUGGCCUUAAAGUCAAAAAUGUCAGCCCAUGGAUCGCGAGGGACGUCCAAAACUUUGAGAAGUGUGAGGCAGAUGCGAUGCUGCAAGAACUCCUUGCAAGAUGCACAGGUCGCUCUCAAAACCUUUCUGUCAACGAGAAAUCGAAGCUACUCGAAACUGCCCUCAAUGCUGUUCUGCCUAUCUGCAAUGCGGGGGCUGUAGCGCAGGAGAUAAAGGGACACCUGACUAAUUUUUGUGAUACCAACCUCGAACCAUUGACAUAUGCUCCUUUUGUCAAAGCCGCCAACUGUGCGCUCCGUGAACUAAGCAAGGUGAAUGUACAAGGAAUACCUGCGUUCAAGGUCGACGAGAAGACCAACGUUCUACUCCAUGUCAGUGAUACAAUGCCCAUAUACCAGGACCACCAGGACAAACAGUCCGAACGCAAGCCUGACGUUGUUGUGGUCUCUCAUCAAACUGCCCUGGGUACGAAAGCACACGAAACGCAAGAAACCCAGGUUCUUACCGAGACGGCGUGCAAAUCGCCCAAAGACAACUUUCAAUGGACCGAUGUUCGAUCGACAUUGGAGUUAAAACGCCCCCGGAAGUUUUUGACCCAUCCGCCGUCCGUUUAUAAGACCGAUUACAUCGUUCCUUCUCCUUCUGCGCAGUACAUGGAAUGUAGGAAGGACACGAGCGGCCCUGCUAAGCCAACAGGUUCAACGCCUGCUACUGGGUCUGCUCAGACCCCCCACGAAGCAUCGAAUGAGUUAAGACCCUCGUCGCAAUUGAGCAGAGGAGUCAAGCGCAAGCGAGGCGGCAACAAUGAAGAUCGGACUGAAGAGGACGACCCGGCAAAACCCCCUCCUAUCGUCCAGAACGGCCUCUACGUUGCAGAGAUGUUCGCGGCUCACAUCGCGCGGCAACACGUCAUCUCCUUUAUAGUGAACAACGAUUAUAUUUACAUCUGGUUCUGUGAUCGCGAAACCACGAUUCAAGGCGCUGCCAUCAACUUCGUUCAGGACCUUCCACGCUGGUUGGUCUUACUUCUGAUCAUGCAGCGGAUGGGAUACGAGCAGUGGGGCCUCAACCGCGUGUUUGAGCCUGAGCCCGGAUUUUCGGGCAAGGUGAUGGUUGAGGAUGCCCAGAUUGACCUUGAGUUGGAUGUGAAGUCUAAGGAGCGCGUGACUCAUUUCGGUAUACGCGGACGUGCAACUACUGUGUUUCCGGUAAAGAGCGAGGCACUAUCAGAUCGGCAGCGGGACGCCUGUUUUCUGAACGAAUCCCCUGAACUGGUGGCCAAGCUCUAUUGGCCAGAAGAGACGCGUCAGAGCGAGCCAGACAUCCUCAAGGAGGUCUACAAGAUUGCACAGACAGAUCUGGAUGUGCGAGGCCACGUCCCAGAGCUGGUCUGGUUCCACAAGUUUGAAGAAACAUCCACGUCCAAAAUCCGAGUCGCAUUAGGACUGAAGGACGCUGAACGGGCCGAACAGGGCAGCCGCGUCCUGUACAUCAUCGUAUUCAGAAAGCUUAUCCCAAUUACGACGCUUUCUGGCGAGGAGUUCAUUGCCGCAUGGUGGCAAGUUGUGAAGUGCCAUCGCGCCCUCUGGAAGAGAGGCGUUCUUCAUCGGGACGUCAGCCCUAGCAAUCUCAUGGUGUACCGCUUACGCGGUCAAUUCAUAGGCGUUCUCAACGACUACGACUUAUCGUCGUUUAAACGUGAUGGUCCCAGGGGCCUCGAGCGCACGGGAACGCUACCAUUCAUGGCGGCAGACCUUCUCACGCCAGACGCCAUGGCAGGCAAGGUCGAGCAUGUGUAUGCGCAUGAUGCUGAAUCGUUGAUCUGGGUCCUCACCUGGGUCUGUCUUCGGUAUGAAGGUGGAAACCUCCUCAGCAAGAACAGACCAUUGGAAGAAUGGCUGAAAGUGGAUGCUUCUCUAUGCCAAGCAAGAAAGGCCCAGUUUUGGUCAAUAGAGAUCAGAAACGUGUGUCCAUCCACAUCGCACGCAGAGUCCUGGGAUCUUGUAAAGAACUGCCUUUGGGCGGUCCAGUCACUUUAUACUCCAUUCGAGUACCGCAAACUGACCGAUGAAUUGGCUUUUCAGUUGUUGCUUGAGGGGCCUAUGCUAGAGCAUGACAGUCAUAAGCGUACUUAGAGUUGAGGCAGCGUGCCUCCCUUACAAAUUGCUUUGUAGAAUAAACAGUCGGUCUUGGGUACCACUAUGACUUUGUAAUGUAUAGAAUGGUGUAAUACGACAAUCAUGGAGGCUCAGAUCCAGAGCGCACAUUCGAGAACACGUAGUUCCUCAUACACACUUAUGCAAGGACUGGCUGUCUCAUCUUUUGUCCAAUUAAUUGUGUUUAC